AUGCGUGAGAUCGUGACCGUUCAGCUAGGCCAGAAGAGUAACUAUCUGGCCACUCAUUUCUGGAACACACAGGAAUCCUACUUCACAUACUCUGAGAACGAGGAGCCGGUCGUCGAUCAUGAUGUCCAUUUCCGCCCCGGCCUCGGGGCUGAUGGCUCCGAGACCUUCACUCCACGAACGGUCAUCUACGAUCUGAAAGGUGGUUUUGGAACCAUGCGUAGAUUUAAUGCGCUCUAUGAUACCCAACAGCAGUCAGGCCAACCAGUACAAGGACUCUGGGAUGGGGAAAUAUCGACACAGCAAGAGCCGGCAAUUGAACCGGUCGACUAUCAAAGAAAACUUGAGCUCGGGCUCCCCACGCCGCAGGUUCAGGACUCCGAUGUGCGAUACUGGUCAGACUUCAAUAGAGUCUAUUAUCAUCCCAGGUCCAUUGUUCAAUUGCAUGAAUAUGAAUUGAAUUCACAGCUGAUGCCGUUCGAGGAUUGGCAAGCUGGCGGGGAUCUCUUCGAAAGUCUGACCAAGGAACAUGACCUGCUGGACCGCGACAUUCGACCCUUUUCGGAAGAGUGCGACCACAUGCAAGGCUUUCAAGUCUUCACCGGGGCCGACGAUGCCUGGGGAGGGUUCGCGGCCAAAUACAUUGAACACCUGCGCGAUGAGUACGGUAAGACCAGCAUUUGGGUGUGGGGAAUGGAGGAUGCUGGGCUAAGCAUCGAACAGGAAAAGCAGUUGGCGCGAGCCUGCAAUGCUGCCAGAUCACUUAGCACGAUUGGCCAGCAAGCAUCGGUGUAUGUGCGGCUGGCUGCUCCUCCCUCGUCGCUCCCUGGCUAUGUCCAUCUGCAGAGCCGCUCUGACUGGAUGACCACUGCACUACUUUGCGCCGGAAUGGAGUCCAGCACGCUUCCAACAAGGCUUACCGCAAGCGCACACAAACGAGGCUCCUUGACCUUGUUCGAGGAUGCUUUGAACACUAACGGCCAUCAGAAUCUGUUUGCACUGCAGGCAAGUGUGACCAGUGCAAUAAGCCAGGUCAACGAUCAUGGCAAUGGGACGUCCGCCAGUCGAGCGAACGGAGGAGCACCGGCGCGAGAAAACGAUUCCGCAGAGUCGCAGCCAGAGCCUUCAAUGUUCGAUAUCAAUUAUUCUCCUCGACUUAGUACGACAUCUGCCUCGAAAUUCUUGCAUAUGUUUUCCCAAGUGGAAUGCGAGCGUGAUCACCUUAAGUCAGAUCGUCGUCCAUUGACCCUUGACCCUGGAGAACGGCUACGCAGGAGGCUCAACGAAGAGAGCAUUGUUGAGAUGUAG